CGACGCUGUCUUCUUCCGCGUGGCGGUGUUCGUGGAGUGUUGUUGUGAUAUUGACGUCCAUGUCCACUGCAGUGGCGUCAGGGAUGGAUAUCGACAGCGAGGAUGGUCGUGAUGUAUUGACCAUGGCGGAGAGGACGGUCCUCGCUGCGGCCAUCAAUGUCGUCCUCUUCCAUUGCCAAAUGGAGAGCAGCGAGGGGAAGUUGAAAGCAGUUGUUCGUGCACACCGCAAGCUGACGGCGCUGCCGACGACUGGCGAUGGCUUCGACAUUGGUGCCAUUUCGGACGCCAUCCUACAGGUGUGCUACGCGAUGGGGUGCGGUGCAUUUCCAAGGGCGACUCCAAGGUUGUGGAUGAAGCGAUGGACGGGGGGUACGUGGGAGGAUCUGUGGCAAUGUGAUGACGCCACAGUAGAUUACUUCAAGGAGAAGCUGCGAAUGUCGCCACGUGUUUUCUGCGAGAUCGUGGAAACUCUUUUUCCAUACCUGCAACGCCCUGUGACGUUCUACAGGGUGUCGUUGCAGCCAGACCAAAUUGUCGCGUUCGCUCCGUAUAGGUGGGCAUCGGGGGAGACACACGACAGCGGGACGUGCAACUUCGACAUUGGCAGGUCUUCUGGCUUGACGGCGGUGCGGGACGUGACUGCUGCGUUGCUGAGCGAGUACCCCGACAAGAUAUCAUGGCCCACUGCUUUGCAAAAGGCGGUCGUCUUGCGCGCGUUCGCCGACAAGGGUUUUUUGAACUGCACCCAUUGGGGCCGACCUGAUGCGCCCUUGGAAAGAGACGGCGCCCGUGCUGCCUGCGUCGACGGGUUCAGGCUCGCACCCGUCACCUCCCGCGCCAACGCUCUCGUCUUCGAUGGUCGGUCCACAACCGUUAAUUGCCCACCGUCGCCGUCGGGGUGGGGGCUCACGAGGAGCGUGCGCGAUGGAGUUGUCGACCGCCCGGUGGACAGACCGAAAGACAGGUUGACACUGCCGUCUCCUUCAUUGCCGCUCAACCCCGAACGAAGGAGGCCAGUGAACGACUGCUCGCACAAGCCACUGUCGGUCCCGCCUAGCUCCGUAGCUGCCCACUCUUGCGUCGAUCCGCUUCCCAAUGACACAGUGCGUGUCCGAGGAGGAGGAGGAGGCAGCGGAGGAGGCAUAGGAGGAGGAGGAGGCAGAGGAGCGGGAGGAGGAGGAGGAGGCAGAGGAGGAGGAGGCAGAGGAGGAGGAGGCAGAGGAGGAGGGGGAGGCAGAGGAGGAGGAGGAGGAGGAGUUGUAGAAGGCAUGUAGCCUGACAGCUUGGUUGCAUGCAAUGCUGGACAAGC